GCCAGGAGGAGCAGCCGGCAGUCGGUCUUCUCGGCCGGCUUCCGGUGGUGCCGGUUCCGAACGUCCACGCCGCGUACGAACUGACGGUGCGUGCCCGUGGUGACGUCACUUGGAGGUUUUGGCAUCCAUCCAGUUCAAGUAAAAUCAAAUGAAAUGGUGAAUUGUGCAAAAUAGGCUCAAGAGUUGCUCGCAUGAAGAUUUACGUGUCACCUUCAAACAGCUUACAUGGAUUUAUUGAUCUCAUUUGUCAGUGUUUUAUUUCUUUCUUUUUGAAUCUACCUUCUUAAAAGCCUCCUGCCGACACGUUUGAGCCGGCCUUCCGGGGGCGCUGUGAUGAAAUACGGCUUCCCGUCGCUGUCCAACAUUCGCACGAGAGAAUCCUACGUGAGCUCGUACGACCCCCGAACCAGGACGCCCGCGUGGGUCAUCGAGAGGCUCGGCGGCGACACGCUCGGCGGGAACGCCGACAGGAAGCGCUGCGACUUCAAGGAGGACGACAGGUCAGACGCGUGCGUGCGAGAGUGCGCAGGUGUCAGCGUGUGUGUGUGUGUGUGCGCGCGCGUGCGUGCAGCAUGCACACAAGUGUCAGCGUGUGUGCGUCCCUGCAGCGUGCACGUUUUCCACCGCGCCACCAACGGCGACUACAGGGGGAGCGGCCUCGACAGAGGUCACAUGGCGGCGGCGGCCAAUCACAAGUGGAGCCAGAAAGCCAUGGACGACACCUUCUACCUGACCAACGUAGCCCCUCAGAACCCUCACAUGAACCAGAACGCGUGGAACAAUCUGGAGAAGUUGUGUCGCUCGCUCACCAAACUUUACGCCAAUGUCUACGUGUGCACCGGCCCGCUCUACCUGCCCAGGCAGGAAGCAGAUGGCAAGCUUUACGUCCACUAUCAAGUCCUGGGCACGAACCACAUCGCCGUGCCGACGCACUUCUUCAAGGUGUUGGUCUUGGAGCGUGACGGCAGGCAGGGUGGCGUGGAGCUACGUUCGUACGUUCUUCCCAACGAGCCCGUGGACGAGAAGAUCCCCCUGGAGCGUUUCCUGGUUCCUAUAGAAACCAUCGAGAGGGCGUCGGGCCUCCUGUUCCUACCAAACAUCGUCAGGACCAGCGGCGGCGCCGUCACCGCCGCCGCCAACAAAUAGAAGUCAGACGCCAUCGCCGUCACCGAAUGCGCUUGAUGCGCCGGACGCUCGCGAGGUGUCAACUUCCCGCUCAAUGGGUUCUGGCCCGUGUUGGCUUCCGGGGGCGCCGGUGAACAAAACUGACGGGACAAGUGUGGACUUUGCCGGUCCUCGUUCGGGAUGACGUCAUCAACUAUUUGACUCAUGAAAUAAAAGCUAAGCAAACAAUCUAACCGAAAUGAAAACAGUGUGGCUGACGCAAACAGAUGGCAGCUGACCAGGACGCAGCUCGAGCUCGUUCCAAUCUGGGCGCCACAACUGUCAACUUAGCAUGCUGUUAGCUGUUAGUAGUAAUGUGUUUUUUGCCGGUUAAUACGGCUAUAUUGAUGUGAAGUCCAAGUUUAAGGAACAAUAUGUAUUGACGCUAAAUGCUAACUCGCGGAUGUACGUCACUUCCGGUUUUGGGUUCGAACGUCACGAUAAAGGCAUACGCUCGUGUGACAAUGAUAAUAGUUAAGGAAACGAACUGUAUUACUGUAAAUGGAUGCUAUGUAUGAUACAAUGUGUUACAAAGUGUAUAGUUGAUACUGUUUCUUAAGUGAAGGCAUAAGACACUGUUAAGAUAGCCAGGUGCAUGGUUUUCUGUCUUGGAUCAAGGGAAAGCGUACCACCAAAGUUUCCUUGAUGAAGAAAGCAGUCCACUAACAGCUUUCAUUACACCUUGGGGGCUGUACGAAUGGGUCUCCCUACCCUUCGGCCUGAGCUCUGCACCUGCCGCGUUCCAGAGAAGCAUGGAGUACUGUUUGGCUGGCCUGAGAGACACAAUUUGCCUCCCCUAUCUAGAUGACAACCUGGUUCAUAGCAGCAGUUUCGAAGAGCACGUGGAGCAUCUCAGGUUAGUCGUCCGACGUUACAAGAUGCAUAGUGUGAGUUGUUUAGAUCCAGGGUAAAAUUCCUUGGUAGGAUGGUAAGCUAAGAGGGCUACACUGUGGACCCAGCAGAGGUGGCGCCAGUGAGGGCCCUGUGCAAGAGAACACCUACCACCCUUGGUGAUGUUCGCCAGAUGCUGGGAUUCCUCUCGUAUUACAGGCCAUUCAUCCCCAAUUUCUCCCUGAUUGCCCAUCCACUCUACAACCUACUCACUCCAGGAAAUCAGGAAAGAUCCAACACGUUGAAAGAUUCAGAAAAACAGCAAAGAACAAGAAGAGUCACUUACCAUCACAGACACCCAUACAGUGGGACAGCUGUCAUCAAGAAGUAUUGGAACAGCUCAUUGAAGCACUUACCAAGCCACCUGUCCUGAGUUAUCCCGACUUCACAUAACCGUUUGUACUGCACUGUGAUGCAUCACAAGUUGGCUUGGGAGCGGUGUUGUACCAGCGACAGCAAGGAAAGAUGAGAGUGAUUGCGUAUGGGUCCCGCAUUCUGACAUCGGCUGAAGGGUUACUAUCUUCACUCUGGGAAACUGAGAUUUUGGCACUGAAGUGGGUCGUAUGCGACCGUUUCCGUGACUAUUUAUAUUACGCUCCAUCCUUCACAGUCUAUACGGACAACAAUCCACUAACAUGUGUGCUCACUUCUGCUAAAUUGAAUGCCACGGGCCACCGAUGGGUUGCAGAGCUAGCUGACUUCAAUUUCUCCAUCCGCUAUCGUCCAGGAAGAAACAAUUCUCUCUCGUAUGCCGCUGGAUAUGGAGGACUAAAUGAGGAAAUGUACGGCAGAGACAAGUCCGGGAGAAAUCAGUGCAUCCAUGGAGAGCGUCACAAUAGAAAGGCAGGAGCCAUGUCGAGGUGUAGGAGUGAUCCACAUUGCAGCUCUGGAAUUGAUGAAAGACUCUGGGACUGGCCAGCCCCUCUCGCCAGUGCAAAUACGAAAGGCUCAGGAAGAUGAUGACACACUGGCUCGGGUCAAAGAGUACAAGUUAAGGAAUCGGAAGCCAACUCGAACAGAGGUGAAAGUCGAGCCAACAGCUGUAGCCACACUUCUCAAACAGUGGAACAAUCUUCACGUGGACGAAUAUGGCAUAAUGCGACGUAGAACCAUCCGCCGAGAACAGUUGCUGCUCCCUAAAGCUUUCCAUCAGCUGGUGUUUAAAGAAUUGCUCCAGGAAAUGGGACAUUUGGGAGUCGACAGGACACUGGACCUAAUUAGGGAAAGGCGUUAUUGGCCCCAAACGCACUAAGAUGUAGAGCAUUACGUAACAAGAGAAUGCAUAUGUCUCAAGGACAGGAAGCCAAAUAAGCCAAUCUGGGCACCUUUGACCCCAAUUCACACCACUUCACCCUUUGAGCUUGUUUCAAUAGACUUUCUCCAUUUGGAUAAAUGCAAGCAUGGAUAUGAGUACAUUCUGGUUGUCAUGGAUCACUUCACAAGGUUUGCACAGGCCUAUGCGACAAAGAACAAAACAUCUAAAACUGUUGCCGACAGAAUAUUUAAUGACUUCGCACUCAAUUUUGGAUUCCCAAGUAGGCUGCACCAUGACAUGGGUAAAGAGAUUGAGAACCAACUGAAGAACCUCUCUGCCAUUCAAGGCUCCCACACAACACCUUACCAUCCACAAGGGAACGGGCAAGUUGAAAGAUUCAACCGCACACGAGUGUCCAUGUUGCAUACCCCUGAGGACAAGGAGAAAGAAGACUGGAAGCAGUGGUCCAUGCGUACAAUUGCACAAGGAACGAGGCAACAGGCUAUGCCCCUUACUUUCUGGUCCCCGGGAGGCCUCCUUGACUGCCAAAUGAUCUGAUGUUUGACCUCAGAAGAGAUGAGACUCAUUGUGCUUAUUCAGACUAUGUGGACCAGUGGAAAAGGAGGAUGCAAAAGGCCUACCAGAUUGCUGCCAAGAUGGCGGCCCGUGGCAAGGCGCACUAUGACAGGAGAGUGCAUGGCAGAGACCUUGAGCCUGGCGACAGAGUCCUUGUCCGCAAUCUGACUCUUAGAGGUGGCCCUGUAAAAAUUCAGUCCUACUGGGAAGGACAGGUAUAUACGGUGAAGGAAAGGAAAGGUGACAACAGCCCAGUCAACCAAGUCAGUCCAGGAAACGGAAAAGGGGAACGACAGAAUGAUUCACAGGAAUCUCUUGCUGCCUUUUGACUUUCUUCCUUCUGAAAGACUGCACAAGGAGGGCACGUCACAGCUGAGAGAAGCCGGAGAUCACAAAAACGGAAGGAAAGUACAGAAGAGGCAAGUCCAGCAACGAUCUGAGUCUGACAGAGAUGAUGAUGAGGACAAGGAUGACAAUGGUGGCACCUACCAGUGGUGGCUGAGAUCUAACAGUGGGACGCAGAAGACAUCAUAUGCGCUCAAUCCUCUGACAGAAGCAGGAUGCCAUGGAUGUGCCACUACAAGCAGCAGCAGAUGUGCCAUUCCAGGACAAUGUUGGUGGUGCCAGGUGACCUGACCAACAAUGGUAUGCUCCAACAGAGGCCAAAAUUUGAGAGUAUGCCUGACGGAGAUCUGGAUAGGGCGGAGACAGAGCAAUUGCACCAAGAGAGGAGACAGUCACAUUGGAAGAGACAGUUACCGGUAAUACUAAGCUAUGAUAGACUAGGCCAGCCAUCCUUACUGGCAAGAGACUGUAGGGUGACCAAAACUCAGGCAAUAAAGACAUUCUGGAGACCUUGGUCUAUGGAAGCGUGUUGAACUUGUUUCACUGUAAUGUCAGGAGACAUAAAAUCUUGAAGGGGAGAGUGUGCCAUGUUAUAAAAUAGUCAUCCCCCAAUUAAUUUUGGAAUAUGACAGAUGAUCGUUUGCCAGUAUUCAUCCAUCCAUCCAUUUUCUGAGCCACUUCUCCUCACUAGGGCCGCGGGCGUGCCGGAGCCUAUCCCAGUUGUCAUCGGGCAGGAGGCGGGGUACGCCCUGAACUGGUUGCCAGCCAAUCGCAGGGCACAUAGAAACAAACAACCAUUCGCACUCACAGUCAUGCCUACGGGCAAUUUAGAUUCUCCAACUAAUGCAUGUUUUUGGGAUGUGGGAGGAAACCGGAGUGCCCGGAGAAAACCCACGCAGGCACGGGGAGAACAUGCAAACUCCACACAGGCGGGGCCGGGGAUUGAACCCGGGUCCUCAGAACUGCGAGGCUGACGCUCUAGCCAGUCGUCCACCGUGCCGCCUGCCAGUAUUCAGCAUGGUGGAAAGUACUGCAUAUUCAGGUAUUUACCUCUUCAGUCUAUCGUCAGCAGGGGGUACACUGCGACUGUGUCACGGGGCUGGCAGAAAUAGCUACCGGAGCCACCGUAGAGGAGUGGUCACAGUACGGUUAAUGAGACGAGAUGCAACAGUCGUGCUGACGCAUUUUUUUUGGUUUUCUGUUAACAGGUAAGUGUGUAUAAGGUGUAUGAAUACAUGUUGAUAAACUACAGAAUUGUAUCAGGCAAUAAUUUGAGAUGUCUUCAGAAAUGGUAUGGGAAGUACAGCUAGCUAUCGGCGGGAGCUGCGUUCGCCGUGUUAGCUACACCAGCUGCAACUGUUAGCAACAUAGCUCAUAGCAUAUGGGAACUUCAAGAUGCGUGGUGGUUGUUAAGAUGUGCUAAGUUCAUAGAAUGCAUCGUGACACUAAUGGUAAUGUGUUUUUUGCCAGUUAAUACGGCUAUAUUGAUGUGAAGUCCAAGUUUAAGGAACAAUAUGGAUUGGCGCUAAAUGCUAUCUCGCGGAUGUACGUCACUUCCGGUUUUGGGUUCGAACGUCACGAUAAAGGCAUGCGCUCGUGUGACAAUGAUAAUGGUUAAGGAAAUGAACUGGAUUACUGUAAAUGGAUGUUAUGUAUGAUACAAUGUGUUACAAAGUGUAUAGUUGAUGCUGUUUCUUAAGUGUUAAAAAAAAACAAAAAACGUGUUGCACUUGGAUGAGCUAUGCCCCAUUCUUGUACAUGUAACAAUGGCAUUAAUUUUCAAUGAUCGAAAGGAUGUGCAGCGGGUUAGGGUGAUUAAGGACAGAGAUGGAAAUGUGUUGACUGGUGCCAGUAGUGUGCUGGAUAGAUGGAAAGAAUAGAGUAGAAGAGGCAAGUGCGGUGGACCAGAAAGUGGCAAUGAUUAGUAAGGGGGAAGUUAGAAAGGCACUCGAGGAUGGAAAAUGGAAUGGAUAGGUUGACAGAUGACGUUAGACUGGAAUCCCCGUGGACCAUGGUGUUCGCAGAUGGCAUUGUGAUUGGUAGUUAAAGCAGGGAGCAGCUGGAGGAACAUGUGAGAAAGGUGGAGGCAUGCACUGGAAAGGAGAGGAAUGAAGAUUUGCCCAACAGAAUAUAAAUGCAUGAACGAGAGGGGUGGAGGGGGAAGACUGAGACUGCAUGGAGAAGAGAGAGAGAGAGGGUGGAGGAAUUGUAAUACUUGGGCUAAACAGUCCAGAGCAAUGGUGCGUGUGGUAAGGAAGUGAAGAAACAGGUGAAGGAAAGUGUCAGGUGUGUUAUGUGACUGUUUAGAAGUUUAGAAGACUGUGGUGAGGCCGGCCAUGAUGUACGGAUCAGAGACAGCUGGCACUGAAGAGACAAGAAGAUGUUGAGGUUCUCUCUUGAAGUGGAUUAGAAAUGAGCUCAUCAGAGGGACAGCCAAGGUUAGAGGUUUUGGAGACAAAGUUUGAGAGAGCAGACUUGGAUGAUUGGACACGUGCAAAGGUGAGAUAGUGAGUAUAUUGGUAGAAGGGUGAUGAGGAUGGAGCUGCCAGGCAAGAGGAAGACCAAAGAGAGGUUUGAUGGAUGUCGUGAGGGAAGACAAUGUAUCAACUUCAAAAGUUGAUACAUUGUGAGUCUAACCCUGGUGUGAAUGUGAGUGGGAACGGUUGUCUAUUUGUGCCCCGCGAUGGGCUGGCGACCAGUUCGGGGUGUACCCCGCCUCUCACCCGAAGUCAGCUGGGAUAGGCGCCAAUGCGCCCGCGACCCUGCUGAAUUUGAAAAGCACUUCAGAAAAUUGAUUGGAGUCUAACCUUUUGAAAAUCUCAGCUAAACUAAUAGAUUGCUCCACAAGGUGGCGCUUCAGGGUCAUGUUUAAUGGAAACUGAUGUCAUGCUUGAGAGCAGCUUACAGCUGCAUAACAUUGUUCUUGCAUCAGAAAUAUAAGCCUGUAACUUGUAGGCUUACGUAGCUGUAAAUAGAGCCUCAGCUUCGCACUGCACUAUGUUCGGCCCUUAUCUUUUGUCUCUACAAACCCACGACCGUCUCGUCAUUGUUGCAAACUUGCAGCUGACUGCCUAACACCGUAUUAAGAAGCCGAUUUGAGUGGCGCGGCACAAUGGCACGUGACCAAAGAAAGCCAGUCGCAAAGCGGCAGAACGGCACAUGACCGGAGAUCGCCGGAGCUUCUGAUCUUUAAAAAUUCAGUUCCAGAACAAAAUGUCAAAAUUUGUCGGAAUUUCCAUAGUUUCAAAAAUGUGUCAAAGACAUCACAACCCACAUUACAUCGUCAAAAAUAUCAGUCUAUGGAUGAGUUCACCUUUGCCAAUUCUGUUUUCUCCUCGUGAGUAAAACAACCAUCUCUUGUCUUCCUUCCUUGUUCAUUGUUUAUUAAAUGUUCUAGGUUGUUUGAACCUGACAGUGGUACUAAUAUGUUCUCUUAUAAUACAAUUUGUUAUUAUUAUCUAAUUUUAAAUUUCCCACAUUCUGAAGUGACGUACUAAUUCAUUUCUGGUUCAGACGCGGCGUCCUGUGUGGAUGUGAAUUAUUUUAUAGUUAUAUCUCUAAACACAUUAAUUGGCCUGUUACUUUGUUGUUCAAAGGUUGGCUACUCUCUGUGAAAACGUAGUUCCAGCCAGACCUAUGUUAUAUGCUAUUUUAUGUUGUAUCGUAUCACCAAAUUAUAAUCAUUGAAAUUUCCAAAAGCAACUAAUUUAAUUACAAACUUUUUCCCAAUAAUGUAAUGGAUUACAAUUACAUAAUCUUCUUACGUGUAGUUAGAAUCUUACCGACACCGCGUACGAAUGACUAUCAGAUGUACUUCUUGUUUUUAUGAGGGCAAUGAAGGAAGCUGUCACAAUGUCAAGACUUAAGAACCCUUUUUAUGGAACGAAGACAAAAAAACUAGUUUCUGAGGAAGGGGCGGGGCUUAGAGGUGCGCAUUCAAACUUUGCAAGCGCAACGUUUGGCGUUUGCUUUACUGAGCGCUCGCGUCUGUCGUUGACUGGCUGUUAGGCUGAUCGUCUGUAGUUAGGGCAUCUGAUUGGCUGUUAGGCUGAUCGUCUGUCGUUGAGGAGACUUCCUAUGAGGGUUAGCGCUCAAAGGUGCGCAUUCAAGCAAGUGUUCCGAACGCCGUCUGCUCGGCUGAGUGUUGUCCACCUCCACAAAUUCGCCGUCUUCUCCUGAUGCGAAGAUUUUGAACAGAGCGUACGUGUCGUUCCGGGGCGCUUCCCACUCCGCCUCCUCUUUGUCGCAGUGCCGCAGCCUCUCGACGAGGCACGGCGUAACGUGCUCCUGCAGGAAGUCGAUUAUCUCUGCGGGGCGGCGAGAGGAUCGGGGUCACAAGCGGCGCCGGGAAAAGACUCCACGCCACAGGUCGCUACGAUACUGACCUCCGUAGGAACGGCGAGACCAGUCGGGAACGUUGGAGACUUUAAGGUUUCGGAAAAGCUUCUGGACGCAAACUGGAGUCACGCCGCUGAAAGAACGAAAAGGCCGCAUCAGAACGUUAGGAGGCUGCUCGGGCGACAACGUUCGACUCACCCCACGAAAGCAGCGACCUUCUCCCAAUCGAUGUCCCUCGCAUCCUCCACGUCCAAAGCGUGCAACCUGGAAUCCACACGAACACAUUCACAUAAUUCACACCUUUGCAGCGUCCAACCCGGAAUUCACACGACAGCGUUCACACAUUUCACACGUGUGUAGUGUCCAACCCGGAAUCCAAACAACAGUGGUCACACAUUCAUUGCGUCCAAUGAAGAAUAUCCACACGACAGCGUUAAAAAAAUUUCACACGUUCAUUGCGUCCAACCCGGAAUAUCCACACGACAGCGUUGACAAAUUUCAUACGUUUGUAGCGUCCAAUCCUGAAUCCACACGACAGUGUUCAUAAAUUUCACACGUUCAUAGCGUCCAACAUGGAUUACACACGACUGCGUUCACACAUUUCACACGUUGGUUGCGUCAAACCCGGAAUCCACAUGACAGCGGUUCACAUAUUUCAUACGUUCGUAGCAUCCAAUCUUCGCUGGUUCAUCAACACGCAUUCUCUCGGCCACACACUGAUUUCGUACAAGUGAAACGCACACACAGCACCUGCCUUCACCCAGUGAUGUAUCAACAAAUUGAUUGGUUGAUCUUACGUUUCAAUCAGGUGGAUUUUAGUCUUCAGUCUUUCAGGUUUUUUCCAAUGGUUUUUCUGAGACAGCCGAUGCUUUAGGAUGCUGAACCUGAAACACAACAUGCAACUUAACCCUCUGGUAGGAAAGCAUGCAACCGGCCUCACAACUCCACCUUUCGCAAUUGUUAUUGAGCAGACGGGAGUCACUUCUUGUGUAUUCUAAUUUGGGCUGCAACGAGUACUCUGGUAUUUCCAGUGCUUCCAGUAAAAAAAUGCUUGAGGAAUUUUCUCUGCCUCGGGAAACUGUUUAUUUUAUUGAGACGCACGGGCGUUAAUCUUUGGGCUUGUCCCGUUAGGGGUCGCCACAGUGUGUCAUCCUUUUCCAUGUAAGCCUAUCUCCUGCAUCCUCCUCUCCAACACAAACUGCCCUCAUGUCUUCCCUCACUCCAUCUAUCAACCUUCUCUUUGGUCGAGACGUGUCCAAACCAUCCAAGUCUGCUCUCUCUAACUUUGUCUCCAAAACAUCUAACCUUGGCUGUCCCUCUGAUGAGCUCAUUUCUAAUCCUCUCAAACCUGCUCACUCCAUAUAUUCUGUUUUACUUGGGCUAAUCUUCAUUCCUCUCCUUUCCAGUGCAUGCCUCCACCUUUCUAAUUCUUCCUCCACCUGCUCCCUGCUUUCACAGCACAUCACAAUGUCAUCUGCAAACAUCAUGGUCCACAGGGAGUGUGACCUCAUCUGACAACCUAUCCAUCACCAAUGCAAAUGGGAAGGGACUCAGGGCGGAUCCCUGAUGCAUUCCCAUAAACUCCGUCACACCCACAGCACACCUCACCACUGUUCUGCUGCCCUCAUACUUGUCCUAUACUAUUCAAACAUACUUCCGCAUGCAGUACCACAGUUCCUGUCUGGGUACUCUGUCAUAGAAUACUCUGUCAAUAAUUUUUUUAUUCUUACAAGAAAUGCUAAGUUGAAACUAAGAUUUGUAUAUGUUGAAAUUGCACCUCUAAAAAUAUUUCUAGACAAGAAAAUAAUUUGCUGCUAUGGACAAUGGUGCCAUAUUCUCCUGUAUGCUUAAGUCAGGAAUGACGCACAGCUCUAGAAUUUUCUGUCUGCGCCCAUUCUGCUGUCCACCUAAUUCUAUCAUUUGCGCUUCUUCUGACCACGUGCACACUUUGGGUGGAGUAACCCUGGGCGUGUGGGCAUAUCUCAUAUCUGGCCUUGGAGCUGCGGUGCGGCCGACGCAACCUGGAGCUGAACACGCUCAAGACUGUAGAGAUGACCGUGGACUUCAGGAGGCAUCCUUCGCCACAGCUGCCCCUCACGUUGUCCAGUUGCCUUGUGUCAACCGUCGAGACCUUCGAGUUCCUGGGAAUUACAAUCUCUCAGGACCUGAAGUGGGCGACCAACAUCAACUCCGUCCUCAAAAAGGCCCAGCAGAGGAUGUACUUCCUGCGGCUUCUGAGAAAGCACGGCCUGCCACCGGAGCCGCUGAGGCAGUUCUACACAGCGCUCAUCGACUCGGUCCUCUGUUCAUCCCUCACGGUCUGGUUUGGCGCUGCUACAAAAAAGGACAAACUCCGACUGCAACGGACAAUCUAAACUACUGAAAGGAUUGUCGGUACCCCCCCCCCCCCCUACCCACCCUUGAGGACUUGCACGCUGCCAGAACUAAGACAAGAGCGUGCAAAAUCCUCUCGGACCCUCCGCAUCCCGGUCACCGGCUCUUCCGGCUCCUUCCCUCCGGUAGGUGCUACCGAUCAAUGCAAACUAGAACUAGCAGUCAUUCCAACAGCUUCUUCCCUCUUGCCAUCAACUUCUUAAACACCUAACCUACAAUUCCAUUACAACAUGCUGACAAUUUUUUGACUUGAGUUUGUUGUCACAUUUCUGUGGGGCCAAUUAUACAUUACUCGUGCACUCACUGUCGUAGUCUCGCCACACUGCACUAUUUGCAUAUCUGUUGUUGAGUAGCAUCUGCUCCAUUUCCACACUGAUUGAGGAGUAUCUGCAACAUUUGCACAAUAGACAUUGUCCCAGAUUAUCCCACUACUCGCUUGAAGUCUCGGUGCCCUUUGCACAAUGCUCAUUGCACCGGACUAUUGCAAUAUUAGUCUUUCGAACUGCUCUAAGUGCUAGAGGACUCUGCGUCUUUUUGCACAAUUGUCAAAAAAUAAAAUAAAAAAUGUACCGGCAUUACCAGAUAACUAGCAACCCUUUAAUUGCUCAGUGAUUGUUUUUUGUCAAUGUCUUUCUGUCUCCAAAGUGUUCUCUGUCAAUUGACUGCCUGUUGUCGUACCAGAGCGGCUCCGACGACCCGAGACAAAUUCCUUGUGUGUUUUGUGGACAUACUUGGCAAAUAAAGAUGAUUCUGA